AUGAGGCCACUCAUGGAGGAAAUAAGGAGCGGAUGUCAAGCCAGGUCUGGUGCCAUCUUCAACCAUAGUCGUGUUAUUAUUUUGAACCAUCUAUACUCUAUGGACAGCAAGCUGCUUUUUGCUGCGUGCAUGAUCGUGGAGCAUGCUAGUGAUUCCUUGUCAAUGACUGACGGUCAAAAUGAAAUGAAAAAGCUUUUCAAGGAAUAUGGUGCGACUCCGUUUACACCGCUGAAAGGGCUUUUUAUUCAGGGGCCCAUCUUCGUCAGCUUUUUCAUGGCUAUUUCAACGAUGGCUGAGAAAAUCCCAUCAUUUAAAUAUGGCGGAGCAUAUUGGUUUACAGAUCUCAGCACUCCAGAUAGUUUAUACAUCCUUCCGGUUUUGACGGCACUGAGUUUUUUGAUAACAGUGGAGUGCAACAUGCAAGAAGGUAUGGAAGGGAAUCCUGCUGCUAAAACUAUGAAAAAUGUUUCUAGGGUCCUUGCUGCUCUUACUGUUCCGUUUACCAUGAGUUUCCCAAAGGCCAUCUUUUGCUAUUGGAUCACAUCGAAUUUGUUUUCCCUUACGUAUGGCCUAGUGCUCAAGGCUCCAGGAGUGAAGAAGGCUUUAGGUGUUCCUGAAAUACCGAAGGAAACAACUGUUACCACACAGCGGCCUUCCGUCGAUCUGUAUACGGCUCUGAAGCAAACUCUCAAACAAGCCAAAACAGCUUCACAACAGUCUACCUCAUUUCCUGUUGAGCCAACAAAAGCAUCAAACCAAAUAGCGUCUACUUCUUCGUCUUCGACCAUCAAUCAGAGGCUUAGAACUUUAGAGAAACAAGUUAAAGGAAGGAAGAAAAACAAGAAGAGGUGAGAAAAGCUUUCCUUCC